UCGGCCCAGGAUCCCCCCGGUGACUCGGUCCGUCUGUAGCUCUGACAGCUCCGAUAUCUCAAAGUCCAUUUAAACUGUUUUAAUACUCCGCACUUUAGUGGCCGCUCGUGUCGGCAAAUCGUUCGUCAUCCGGUGAAACUUUGAAGGAUUAUCGGGCCGGGGCAUUGAAGCUCUACUUGUCAAAGCCAGGAAAAACCUCAACGCAAAUACGAGGCCCUCACUCCGUCCCCGGAUUCACCUGCUACGCGGAGAGCCUCACACGGGAGAGCCGACAUGGGGGACACGGGGAGCGAGGGCAGCAAGCCUCCGAGCAACGUUAACGUGAUACCCCCGCGCUGCCCCUGCGGGUUUUGGGGGUCGAGCAAAACUAUGAAUCUGUGCUCAAAAUGUUUUGCAGACAUACAGAAGAAACAGACAGAUGGUGAUUGUGCCCCAAAAGCCUCCUCAAGCUCCAGCAGCAGCCAAGCAGACAUCUUCUGUAAUGAAUCGAACAGCAGCAUCAGUCCGUCGCUCAUGUUGAUGUCUAACACAUCAGAAGAGCCUUUGCCAGGAGAGACAGGAGUGACAUCUCUACCUGCUCAGGACGAAGUAUCCAGCACAGACACCGUCUUCAGUUCACUCUCCACUCCCACAAAACGCUCCUUUGAGUCAGCCUCGGAGUCAGAAAGUGACGUUUCUCCCGACAAGCGAGUGAGAGUGGGCGAGCUGCCAGAGAGUGAGGAGUCGUCGUCAUCGUCUUUGUCUGCAUCACCAUCCUCGUCUCGCGGUGGCUCCAAACAGCGGAGCCGCAAACGCUGCCAUCGCUGCCAAACCAAACUGGAGUUGGUUCAGCAAGAGCUGGGGUCCUGUCGCUGUGGUUAUGUCUUCUGUAUGCUCCAUCGGCUCCCAGAGCAACACGAUUGCCUGUUUGACCACCUGGGCCGUGGUCGGCAGGAGGCUGUCCUCAAGAUGGUCAAGCUUGACCGCAAGGUGGGCCGCUCUUGCCAGCGCAUCGGCGAGGAGUGCUCCUGAGCGGCUGUUUCCCACAAAAGAAUCUCAGUGUUCAGACGGUGUCUUAGCACUAACAGGGAUUUGAUUUUUUUACAUUUUUUUUCCUUCUCAUUUUGGUUUUCAGGAUUUUUGCAGGUUUUUUUUUUUUUUUUGGAUACAAACCUGCUCAUUUAUUUUUAAGUUAUGCUUGAUUUUUUUCAAUCCCACUGUUACCCAUAUCCAAGUUGUUUUCUGCUUCUGUUGGCUUGAUCAUAUCCCUACUGCUAAGACGCCUUUUGGAAAAUCCAAACCCAGGAAUAAGAGAACAAGAAAGAGCAAAGGAAAUAUAUACUUUCUUCGCUUUUUCGCCAGGUCCUGACUACAAAAGUGUGAGUGAAGUAAGAAUGGAUAUAAAGAUGAGGAGAAGAAAUACAAGGCUUUAUACAAAUGUUUGUCCAGGAAGCCAGUUUAAGACUAUACUCUUUACCUCAAAAAAAAAGGAAAAAAAAAAAGAGGAAGGGAUGGUUACCCUUUGUGUACACUUUUGCUUUGGCAAUGUUUAUAGACUGUGCUCUUUACCUCAAAAUCAGACAGAGCUGCUUUCUACUCUGCGCCAAGCAUGGACUUAGUGAAGCGAACCCAGCUAGCCAGCGUCAGUUGAAGUCGGUGUCUCACCCCCAGGCCGUCCACCACCUGUAAUCCUGAAUCACCUGUUAAUCAUCCACCUCAGGAUAUCAAAGCUCAAUCUUAACCCUUCCUUCAUCCAACUUGCAUCCUUCUCUUUUCCUCUACAGGACACUUUUCUGCCCCUUUGGUUUCAUCAUUGUUCUGAAUGUGUUUCUGUGUUACUGAGGACACCACUGUGGACAAUGAAAGUGGCGUAUUACUGUAAGCUCAAGUUGAGAAUUUGCAGUGUGAGCUGGGCUAAAACACAUAUUGUGCUGGUGGGGACAGUGAGCUGGUUGUUGGACUGCAGCACAGAUCUUUCUUUAACAUUGGUGUGAUUGAUCAAAACUUAAUAUGUUGAAAAUUCUCUCGGUCUUCCUCUUUUUUUUCUAAGUCUUUAUCACCUGAUUUUCUCCAGCCCAUGUGGAUUAUGUGUGUUGGACGUGACAAGAUGGAUAUUAAAAUGUGCUUAUGAUUUGUAAGUUUGCAUUGUACACAAACACUUUAUAAUGGGUAUGUGCCCAGCUGUUGUUCACAUCGAGCACAAGCAGGUAAAAAUCAAACAUUUGGAGUCACUCAGAGGUUGUUGCUUGUUUGGGAUGGUGAUGGUUGUUAUUGUUCAGGUCUCUCAAUGUCUUAGGCCUUCAUUUCAGUUAUCCACAGUUUUAAAGGUCAUUUUUGGCUCUAGCUGUGAAACAAGACUCUGUGUUCUUGGGUUUUUCAUUCCUCUUUUCAGUACUUAAAAAGUCCUCCAUACUUCACUACCCCAUGUUUUGAUUUCCAGAUAGCAUGACAAGCUCUCAUGCACCCUCCUCCUCCUGUCUUUCACUCCCCUUUUCUCAUCUUUUCCUUAUUGAUUGAUCUAUAUUUUCCCCCCUUAUUUCAACCUCUCUGUCUUCCCUCCUCAAUUGUUCUUGUUGUACAUGAGGGGAAGAGGGCUGUGGUGAGCAGAGCCUUGAAAGUCAAAAUCAGCAAAUAAUUACUUUCUAAACGUUUCCUGGUGGACUAUGGGAGACAUGAACAGAAAAUGCAUAAUGAAUGAAUAUUCUGUAUCUUAAAGAAAACCUUAUUUAACCCUUUUUUGCAUUUCAGAUUUACUUACACUUUAGUGUAGAGUUGCAUUUUUUGGUUGUAAGAUGGUAUAAAAUGGGAAGAUGAACCUGGAAAAUUCUAUAUUUUGUUUCCAUUACAUUUUGUUUUUCCUCUCCAACUUUUUCUUUUAUUGAGAAAGAAUAAACUGGAUUAGACAAAAUAUGAA